CUAAAAUGUUCACUUGCAGACCACUCAAAACAGUAAUAAUAAUCACAAUGCAUUUGUGUGAGUGACUGAUGGAAAAAAAUCAUGAAAACAGAGUUUUAACAGAUCACUGCAUGAUGAUUUGAACCAUUAUAAAAAAUAUUAUUACUCUUCAUUAUUAAUUCAGACAUGAUUUAUUCUUUGCUUCUAUCAACAGUUUCUUUUUAGUGUGAACAGUUUUAUGGAGAAAAAUUGUGGGAGAAGAGAAGGAAUAAAUCAAAUAGGAUGUAUGUGGAUGCUCAUCAGCAUCUUUGGAUCUAACCAGAAACGUCUCUCGAUGGAUAAUAAGAAGCAUAGAAGCAAAAGAUUUACAGGUAAUAAUGAGAGUGUUCAGAAACUUAUUGAAGAGGAUAUAGAUGUUUCUGUUGCUGGAGACGAACUUGUGGAGAAUAGGGCUUUUAAAGAUGAAUCUGAAGAAAAGUUCAGCGAGAUAAUCAAGCGGUUGAUAGCUCGGAAACAAGGAGAGAUCCAAACGUGUAAGGACUUGUUGGAGGCGUUUCAUGUUUUGGAUUCUGAAGAAGAAGAAUCUCUCCUCAAGAAGAAGAGUUCACAUGAUGAAGAUGAUCAAAGCUUGGGAGAUUCAAAGAGAGUGGAAGAAGAAGAAGAACAAGACGCUGUGGUAUUAUUACCGAAGAGGAAAUGUAACUUCUUCAGCAAGAAAUGGAGAUCAGAAGAGAGGAAGAGAAACAGAACAUGUCAGGUUUCGAAAACGAUUGUUGUUUUGAAACCUGCUGCUCCAAAUAGCUUGGAUGUUGUUGAUUCUUCUUCAUCAAGCAACAAGUCCAAAACCGGGAGAACCUUUUCCCGGUUUAUUAUCGGUUUAAUCAAAAGAAGACUGCUACAAUCUGCCGUUGGAAAGAAGUCAUGUGAUGUACAUGUUGAUAAGAGCCGGGACCUUUGCGUGGAAGAAAAGAUACAGAGUAAAUACGGGAAGCACGUUUCGGAUGAAGAAGAACCGUUAUGUAGGGAGACUGAUAAAGAGGAGACUGUCCACACAAGCGAAGAAGAUUCAAAGAAGAUUAUGUCUGGUUUGUAUAUUGCAGCAAGGAAACACUUGUCCGAGAUGCUUGCAAAUGGAGAUAUAGAUGUGAACUUACCUGAUAAGGAAGUACCAAGAAUCUUGGGGAAGAUUCUUUCUCUCCCUGAGUUCUCAUCACCAGGAGAUACCCCUAUAUUGAUCCCUUUUAGCCAAACAACCGAGGAACCAGAGAUUCUGCAAUGCAGUGAAGAUUCAGAUAAAGAUGAUGAUGAGACAUUGUUUACCAUCGAUGUCUCUGUUCCCAUAGAUAAUUCAAUGCUUUCAGACCAUGCCAAGGAAACUGGCAAGGCAGAGAUAGAGCCAUUAUCUGAAACUAGCAGCUCUUCCAUUUCCAGACAAGACGACGGAGAUAAGCAAUCAUCAAAUAAGGAAAUGAUGUUCAGCCAAGUGCAUUCAGUAUCUUCUUCUCCAGAAUCUCCAGUUAAGAUGUCUGAAUGCAAAGAAACUGCCAGUGAUGUCCAGGGAGAGUUAAGUCCAGUAUCUGUGCUGGAGCCUCUGUUUACAGAUGAUGAGAGUAGCCCAACAACAAGCACAAGAUUCAGUUCAGCUGAAAUGAGGAUACAGCCACUCUGCAUACGAUUCGAUGAAGCUGAUUCUCCAAAACCAGACAAACCGAACUAUCUAAAAACAAGCAUGGAUGAUGAUGAUGACAAGGAGUUGACACUUGCAUACAUUGAAGACGUUGUGAAGUCCUCAGGCUUGAGCUGGGAAGAGCUUUUGACGAGACCCUUUUACUCUGAACGGCUUCUUGAGCUAGAAGAAUCAACAGAUGACAUAGCUUUCUGCUCUACGCAGCUCUGCGACGAUAAGAAUCUCCUCAACGACUGUAUCAAUGAAGUUCUUAUGGACUUUUGUGAGAAUGAAUUGAAUCCAGGGCCUUGGAUCUCGUUCGUGAAACCUGAAGUCCAACUAAUCUCAGACAUGGAAGUUGCAGCUAAAGUGGCACAAGAAGGGGUUUACUGGCAUCUCUUACCUUUGCCUUCUCCUCACACUUUAGAUCAGAUAGUGAAGAAAGACAUGGCUAAAGCAGGGAGCUGGAUGGAUCUCCGGUUUGAUAUUGGUUGGAUUGGUUCCUGCACGAGUGAACUGAUCCUUGAUGAUCUAGUAGAAGAGAUCAUCAGAAGCUGCACAGACAUGGUUCAAGUUGAACCAAUGCAAGAACAGAACAGCAACAGCUUGUGACAAGGCCCUUUGUUUUAAGAUUUUAUCUUGUACAGUUUAACCGCCAUUGCAAAGGUCAAAGAUCUCUAGUUGACCUUUUAGUGCAAUGGCACAACCAGAGCUUUUUUUUUUUUUUAACAUUGGCUAAUAACUUCUACUUCAGUACUCUGUUUUUGCUUUCCA